CUUCCUGUCCCAGGAUGCCCUGCGGCGAAUCAUGGACCACAAUGACAAUGAUUUGCAAGGCACCAAUAGUUCCGGAUCCUUGGGUGGUCUUGACGUUCGCCGACGCAUUCCUAUAAAGCUCAUCUCCAAACAGGUCCCCAAAGCGAAGCCGACACCCCCUCGCCCUGCAAGGAACAUGAACAGGGGUCCAUCAAAGGCUGGUGAAGAAGAAGAAUUUGAUUACAACGAAGAACAACAGUAUGACUGCAAAGGUGGUGACGUGUUUGGUAAUCAAAGAAGGUUCCCUGGACAGCUCUUCUGGGACUUCAAGAUAAAUUUACUUGGAGAAAAGGAUGACACCCCUGUCCAUUUCUGUGACAAGUGCGGGCUGCCCAUCAAAAUGUACGGUCGCAUGAUACCUUGCAAGCACGUCUUCUGCUAUGACUGCGCUCUCUUGCAUGAGAAGAAAGGUGACAAGAUGUGUCCAGGCUGUAACGAGUCCGUACAGCGAAUUGAGCAGUGUGUCCGAGGCUCCCUCUUCAUGUGUAGCAUUGUCCAAGGGUGCAAGAGAACAUACCUGUCCCAGAGAGACUUGCAGGCUCACAUCAACCACCGCCAUAUGCGAGCAGGCAAACCCGUCUCGCGUCCUCAGAUGGAGCCUGUCCACCCUCCUGUUGCGCCGCCUCCUGCUGAGAUCCCCGAGCGGUUCAUAAUGCCUUCGGAGAAGCAUCACCUGAGCCACCUUCCACCCAAGCAGCACAUCAUGAUGCCGCCGCCGCCGCCGCUGCAGCACGUGCCCCACGAGCAUUAUAACCAGCCGCACGAAGACCUCCGGGCAUCCCCGGCAGAGAUGUCCAUGGCUCCUCCUCCCCCUCGUUCGGUUAGUCAAGACACCUUCCGCAUUUCGACGAGGAAACACAGCAAUCUCAUCACUGUUCCCAUUCAGGAUGAUUCAAACUCUGGUACUCGAGAACCACCGCCACCUGCCCCAGCACCUGCCCACCAUCAUCCUGAAUACCAGGGGCAGCCUGUCGUGUCCCACCCUCAUCAUAUUAUGCCGCCACAGCAACAUUAUGCACCGCCUCCUCCCCCACCCCCGCCAAUAAGCCAUCCAAUGCAGCAUCCCCCCCAGGCUGCAGGUACUCCUCAUCUGGUUUAUAGCCAGGCUCCUCCACCUCCAAUGACCUCUGCCCCUCCACCAAUAACUCCUCCCCCUGGACAUAUUAUUGCCCAACUGCCACCAUAUAUGAACCAUCCUCCACCUGGGCCGCCACCACCUCAGCAUGGUGGUCCACCCGUCAAUGUCAACGCACCCCCUCCCCAUCAUUAUAACCCUAAUGCUUUGCCACAGUUCAGUGAAGAUCAAGGAACUCUCAGCCCACCUUUCACCCAGCCAGGGGGGAUGAGUCCAGGCAUCUGGCCGGCUCCGAGAGGGCCGCCACCACCGCCAAGAAUGCAAGGCCCGCCUUCUCAGGCUCCACUUCCUGGACCACACCACCCUGAUCAGGCCAGGUACAGGCCGUACUAUCAAUGAUAUUAAGAGCAACUUGAACUAAUGUAUAAUAUAGGAAGAAUAAUAUUCUAAACAGCGACUUUUAAAUGAAUCUGACUGUUUGGGGAGUUCUUAUUUCAUUCCCCCCCUUCAUUUAUUUGAAACAAUAUAAAACUUGUGACUGUAAAACUAUCUGGGGAUUUGAAUCUUAAGGUAAAAAUUUUAAAACCUUUGUCCGUAGGACUUUGAUGCCUGCUAUACUGUAGUGCUAAGAUAAAGUGGCUCUGUAGUUAACAACUACAUUUUAACAGACAUUUUGCCAUAGUCUGGUUGACUUUCCCCAGAGAUGAACGUUUGUGAUAUUUCUCAAACAAACAACCAUUUAUUGUACCACUCUUAAAGUCUUCUUGUUAAAUCUGAUGUUUAGUUUCAUUUGUGAUACUUUUUUUCUUUUUUUGUCAACCUGUGUAUAAUUAAA